AUGCCAAGUUAUUCAUUGUCAUCCGUGCCUCCCCCAGGCCCCAAGAACUACGUCUUUGUCGAUGAACAUAACCGACAUAAGCGCCUCAAGGUGAUGAGAGCAUGUGAGGGUUGUCGCCGCCGAAAGAUCAAAUGUGAUAGUGCCACCACCAACACGUGGCCUUGCGCAGCCUGUGUUCGACUCAAACUGCAUUGCGUUCCGCCAGCAGGAGGAUUAGAAGGAGAUGCGGGAGAUGGUGGAUCUGGAAGCGCUGCGGAAGAGACGGUUGUGUCGCAAGACUAUGCGCCAACACCUGUCGUCAACGUCCAGCCAGCGCAAAACUAUGCGCCGACGGCUCCGGGAUAUCAACUCGGUCCAGACUAUGCUUUUCCUUAUGAAGCCUAUGUCGCGAACUACCAAAAGCCGCCCUUUGACCCGGCUAUCGACCCGACCGUCAUGGAUAAACCGUAUGGGGCAUAUUAUCCGAGUCCUCAUCAGGUUUCCCGAACACUGAGUGAUCCAUAUCAGUCUGUACCCCAAACCUAUGAACAAGUCCGCGCUGGUUCCUCACCAACCGACCCACUCACGGCAGAAGAUCUCAUGGAGCAUCUGGGAUCGUUGAAGAUUGGGGAAAAUGGCGUUGCCGAUUACCUGAGGUCCGAAAAGGGCAACAGCGCGGACUCUGGGGUGCCUGUACAGGACCCAGAACCGGAACUCAAAGUGGCUGCCGCCUUCAGUACUGAAGCUGGUUCUCAAAUCCGAAUACCCCCUGCUUUGAUGCCAUCCGAGGAGGAAGCCAUGGAAGCGUUCCAAAUUUUCUUCAGAGAUGUCCAUCCCUAUGUACCCGUGCUGAACAGGGACCAAUUCUACAGUCAGUGGCGCGACGACAGCAAAUCCAUUUCUCCUCUUGUCCUAGAAGCUGUUUUCGCUAAUGCGGGUCGGUUGUCGGACGAUCCUGCUCAAGGCGCACAAUGGUUAGCUCUGGCCAACAAGCAUGAAGCAUAUUUUUUGGAUAGCCCACGACUGAGCACGUUGCAAGCAUUGCUUCUCCUGUUAAAGGCUCGAGAAAGUGCUCCCAAAAGGGGAUAUUACUAUCGAUCAUGGAUGACCUGCAAAACUGCAGUCUCGAUGGCCAAGGACUUGGAAUUACAUGAGCACCAUGAAAUUCAUUCUGCGGGAGAACCCUGUGGUUCCGAUCCUAUCGAGUGUCUAUCCAAAACUCGAGUAUGGCAGACCCUUCUUGUAUGCGAGACCAUGGUUGGAGCGCCACAAGGCCGCACCGACUUGGGCGUAGAUCCGAAUUCCGUUGACAUUAGCAUCAAUCCCCCAUGUUCUGACAUUGACGAAUUCGAAAAUUCCAUCUCCCGACAGUUCGCAUAUUUUCUCCGCAAUGUUCGCAACAUUCGUCUCAUCACCGAUGUUUCGCACAGGUUGAAGAAAAAGAAAGACUGGGGGUUAGAUCAGGAUUUGGUGGCGUACAAUACCACAUUUAAAAAAUGGCCCGAGGACCUGCCAACGGAUCUACAAGUCGUCUUACCGUCCGCCGGUGGGAUACCAUCCCUGAAUUCUCAUUUCGUGGGGAAUAUGCACUCCCAUUACCAUCUCGGAAUUGUCAUGUUGCAUCGCCCACAAUUGUCAGCUUCACAGUCUUUUGCGGCCGACAGUCGAUGGAAACAUCAUAUGACUGUGUGUUACAAUUCGGCCAAAGUUCUCUGUCGCCUCCAAGAAGCAAUUCUAACCAAUUUUGACUUGACGGGAUUGUUAUGCAUGCAACGGGGUAUCAAUUUCACCAUUUAUGCCAUCUUGACCUGCAUCAUGUUACAUCUGAUCGCGCUCUCCUCUCCCGACCAGGACUUGAAUGCCGAAGCGAGGGAUUAUUUUGUCCGCCACAUGAGAAUUCUGGAACGCUGUGUUUCAGCCUGGCCCAUGCCGGAAACCGAAGAGCAAAUCAAUUCUCUUCGGGCGGCCUUUUCAGCAGACCUCAACAAGCCUUUUGAACUCAAGGAAUCAUUUCCGCUGGGAUCUCCUUCAGAUCACUCCCGGCCAUCACCUGUAUCUCAAACGUCGUACGAAAAGCAACCACAAAAGCUUGUCGACCCUCAACAACCACAAUCACAGCCUCAACCAGGUCUUUACAUACCCCAGCACAUGACCCAGAUCCGAGGUCCGACACCCUACCUUGCCACGCCACCUGUGUCCGCAUAUUCCAGUGACUCGAAGUCUCAAACUCCCCCAUUUGCACAGAACUUCGAGCCUGAUCAGGCUCCAUACGCCAGCAUGCCAACAUCUGCCGAUGGAUAUUAUCACCAACCAACAUCCGCGCCAGAACUUCAAUGGAACCCCACCCCAAUCAUCAACCAAUUCGACACCGCUUUUGCCAUUCCUCCUUCUGAACUUGCUCCUCCACCGUCAUUGUAUGCUAGCACCGGUUCUUCACCUCCAGGAAACGUACAUCCGAACUUCACCAACACAUCUUCGCCUACUUAUACCACCACAUCUCAAGGUUAUUCUCAACAACAACACUAUUUCGUGCAGCAAUCGCAGCCAUUCCACGAUGCGUCUCCCCCCGUUGCGGCGAAUUCAGCGCCAACCGGUCACGCGACCCAAGGCCCGGGAACUGGCUCGACCAUGUUCGUAACCCCACGUCAAUGGCAACAGAGUGUGGCGAAUGUGAUUGACCCAGGUGGCUCGAAGAGAAGAUGGGACUACGGUCAAUAA